AUGACUUCGAAACCGAAAUCGAGUGGCAAAAGCCGAUCGUCAACAUCCGCAGGACCAGUCAAACAGCAUGUCAAAGGUGAAAACUUUUAUCGAGAUGCAAAGAAGGCCAAGAUGGUCAAGCUGCUAUCGAAGGAUGGUGGGAAGGCGAUUCGAGAUAGGGACGGAAAGAUCAUCAAGGCGGCCGCCUUCCAGUCCUCAGAUGCCCCGAAUGGUCGGAUCCAACCUGACCGAAGAUGGUUUGGAAACACCCGAGUAAUCUCUCAAAAAGCACUAGACCACUUCCGCACAUCUCUCGCUGAGAAGCAGGCCGACCCAUACUCGGUUAUCCUCAAACAGAACAAACUUCCCAUGAGUUUACUCCAAUCUGAUGUCGAGAAAGCUGCACAAGGCGGUAAAGGAAUGAAAGUCGACCUAGUCACCGCUGAACCGUUCGAACAAACGUUUGGCCCCAAACAACGUCGGAAACGCCCUAGACUCAGUACCGCCGGAACGUUUGAGGAGCUAGUCACAGAAGCAGAGGAUCUGAAUGCCAACAAGAAAUCAAAAUCAUUAGGCGGCGAAAAACUACCUCCGGUUGAUGGUCUGGGAAAGUUCAUCAAAGGUGGAGAGGAGCAAAUGGAGGAAGCGGACUCCCAAGAAGAUGAAGAACAACACAACGUCGCUGUCGAUUACAUCCUCAGUGCUGGCACUUCAAAGCGGAUUUGGUCUGAACUUUAUAAAGUUAUUGACUCGUCAGAUGUCAUCCUUCACGUUCUUGAUGCUCGUGACCCCCUCGGAACCCGUUGCCUCAGCGUGGAGAAUUACUUGCAGAAGGAGAAACGCGGUAAGAAGAUGGUUUGGAUCCUGAAUAAAGUCGAUCUUGUGCCUGGAUGGGUAGCCUCGCGAUGGGUGAAAUAUCUGUCCAAAUUUCAUCCCACCGUUGCAUUUCAUGCGUCUAUCAACAACUCGUUCGGCAAGGGAUCAUUAAUUCAACUUCUCCGACAGUUCUCUUCGUUAUUUUCAGAUCGAAAACAAAUCUCAGUAGGCUUUAUUGGCUACCCAAACGUCGGAAAAUCGUCUAUCAUCAACACCCUGAAGAAGAAGAAAGUCUGUAACGUUGCCCCGAUUCCAGGGGAGACCAAAGUAUGGCAAUACAUUACCUUGAUGCGUCGGAUUUAUCUCAUCGAUUGUCCGGGGAUCGUCCCGCCCUCAGCCAAAGACAGUGAAGCUGCCAAGGUGCUGAAAGGAGUCGUCAGAGUCGAACAUCUUUCAUGCCCCGCCGACCAUAUCCCUCCGCUUCUAGAACGCAUCCGUCCUGAAUACUUGAUCCGUACGUACGGGAUUCAAGAGUGGCAAGAUUCCGAAGAUUUCUUGACUCAAAUUGCCCGGAAGUCUGGCAAACUACUAAAAGGUGGCGAACCUGACCUGCGAAUCGUUGCUACCUGUGUUCUCAACGACUGGAUCCGGGGUAAAAUACCCUACUUCGUAUCCCCACCCGCUCAAACUGCGGGCUUCAAGACUCCAAAUUCUACCGAAGAGAAGGAUGAAUCUCAACCAAUUGCCGAUGAGGUCAAUAGCAAGGACACUGACGACAAAAUUGAUGAGCAAGCAGACGAGGUGUGCUACGAUGAAUUGAUCAAAGCGCAAUCUGCUCAAUCUACCAAAUCUUCCGGUCCCGACGAAAACGCCCUAGCUGACGACCUCGAUGAUGAUGACGACGAUGACGAAGUGGAUGAAGAUCUUGAUAUCGCGCUUGAUGAUGAUGAAGACGAUGAAGAGGAAGAUGAGGACCUUGAUAUCGUCUUGGAAGAAACAGAGCCAAUACGUCAAGCUGGACAAACAAAAAAAGCUUCUAGAGUUUCCGAGAAAAGAAAAGGAAACCAAGGAGACGCGGAUCCUGAUUCGGUCGAUCGUAGAGGCAGAAAACCUAAGGAACCUCGAAUGACAACCAAUAAGAAAAAAUCUGAGAAUUUCUUCACUAAUGCCAAUGUCAAAAAUAAAAACCGGAAUCGGAAAGUUCCCAAAGUUAACAAGAAGACUAAAUGA